GUUUUUGGUGCGUGUGGUCGUGGCGUUACGCCCCCUAUUUGCGCGCACCCCUACAGAUCGAAUGCGCGUUCUCGUAGCAGGCUGGUCCUGUGGGAACAGAUAGGGAAGGCAAGUCUUCAUAGAAAAAUACUGGGAAGGAAAUUCCCUUAAAAACGCAGCACCGGGAGAGAAAUAAAUCCCACCCUGACAGAAAGUCAUACAUUGAAAGGAGGAGUAACAAGAUGAGACGGGCUCCGACAGACUGAGGAAAGGGCUGAAGAAGAGACCCUGCCCGGCACACAGAGGCCCUGCUAGACAUAAUCUGUGUGGUCCUGCCAAGCAGAAUCUAGUUACUGGGGUGCACUGAAUUCAGGAAGGAUGAGCAGUGCCAGGUAGAAACUAUGCGAAAAGAGUCCCUAUCUGGCACAAUCAGAAAGGCUUUAAAGCUGUCCUGCAGAAAGUAACCUGCAGGCUGUAUCUAUAAUGAUAGGGGCCUGACAGGAAGACUGUAGGUUCUGGCUGUCGUAGUCCUGUCAGGAGGAAUAGAGAUUUUGCUGUAGCCUUACCAGGCAUUAUAUAGUAGGAUAAAGGCCUUGCCAGGCAGGAUUGACCUAUUGGAGUAGCAAUGCCAGGUGUGAUUUAGGAGUUGCCUUAAUUCAAGAGCUAGCUUGUCGCUGGUGUAAGGGUCUCAGGAACAUACAGCCCUAGAGCUUUAUGGAUUGCAGGGAGUUUAUGACAAGCCAAGGGUGAAAGGAUGGCAGAGCGGUCAGGCUGCACUCUCCUGGAUCCUCUGUCGCUGCCUGUGGAUAUUCGGGAGAAUUUGGCAGAGCUAGAACUAGAGUUGUCCGAAGGGGACAUCACCCAGAAAGGAUAUGAGAAGAAAAAGGCCAAACUGCUUGCUCGUUACAUCCCACUUAUCCAAGGUGUAGAUCCUUAUCUGCAAGUGGAAAGCACUGUUUCCUCACAAAAUGUAACUGCAACCAAGCAGCAGAGGUCACGCUCCACCAGCUCCCGUGAUGAACGCUUCCGAUCAGAUCUACAUACAGAAGCCGUACAAGCAGCUUUGGCCAAAUACAAAGAAAGGAAAAUGCCCAUGCCCUCCAAGAGACGUUCUACCCUGGUUCAGACUUCUGUAGACACCUACACACCCCCUGACACCUCGUCAGCCUCGGAGGAUGAGGGCUCAUUAUUUCGUCAGGGAUGCAUGACAUCCACUCCGCUCCAAGGUCAUUACAACGUGGAGCCCUACAUUAACAGGGUAACCCAGGGCUCCUCCACCUCCUCAUCUGCAUCCUCCACCUCAUCUCACCCAGGAGCCAAGUCUGCUGCCUCCAACAGCUGCCCAGUCAUUGCAGCUGCUACCAUGCUGGCAGACCUCAUGACAAAUGCCCAGAUAGGGAGUGUUUCUGCUCCACCAGACGUGACAACAGGGCUCCUGGGACACAGUCAUCAUGAACGGCCUCAGGUGGCAUCUGUGCGUGGUGUUCCACGGGGGCUCAACAGUAGCAUCCUGGAGACUGCAAAUGGCGUGCCUGUGAACAGCAGAGUAUCUUCCAAAAUCCAGCAACUCCUUAAUACUCUCAAGAGACCAAAACGCCCACCUCUAAGAGAGUUCUUUGUGGAUGAUUUUGAGGAGCUCUUGGAAAUCCAGCAGCCAGAUCCCAACCAGCCAAAGCCAGAGGGAAUGGAAAGUAGUUUGCUCAAAGGGGAACCUUUGGUUUCUAACUGGCCCCAUUCUCUGCUGAGUGCACUACAUCGAUGGGGUACCACACAGCCAAAAACUCCAUGUCUCACAUCUAUGGACACCACUGGGAAAGCAGUGUAUACACUCACCUAUGGCAAACUAUGGAGUCGUAGCAUUAAACUGGCUUACACCCUUUUGAACAGACUAACCAGCAAAAAUGAACCACUUCUAAAACCAGGAGACAGGGUGGCUCUUGUGUUUCCUAAUAGUGACCCUGUGAUGUUCAUGGUAGCAUUUUAUGGUUGUCUUCUUUCUGACCUGAUUCCUGUGCCAAUAGAGGUGCCUUUGACCAGGAAGGAUGCUGGUAGCCAGCAGAUUGGCUUCCUUCUGGGAAGUUGUGGUGUGUCACUUGCUCUCACUACAGAUGCCUGUCAAAAGGGACUGCCUAAGGCACAGAGUGGUGAGGUUGUUACAUUUAAAGGUUGGCCCCGUCUAGCAUGGUUUGUUAUUGAUGGAAAGCACUUAAUGAAACCCCCUAAAGACUGGUACCCACUUAUCAGAGAGGCUAGCAAUGACACUGCUUACAUUGAGUAUAAGACCAGCAAGGAGGGCAGCAUGAUGGGUGUCACAGUGUCCCAUUCUGCUAUGCUGGCACAUUGCCAGGCUCUGACACAGGCGUGUGGCUACUCGGAAGCAGAAACAUUAACCAACGUUUUGGACUUUAAGCGUGAUGCUGGUCUUUGGCAUGGAGUACUAACAACCGUUCUGAACCGAAUGCAUGUCGUUGCUAUUCCUUAUGCACUAAUGAAGGUGAAUCCUCUCUCCUGGAUUCAGAAGGUCAGCGCCUACAAAGCCCGCGUUGCUCUGGUUAAAUCACGGGAUAUGCAUUGGUCCCUUCUGGCACAGCGUGAUCAACGGGAUGUGAGUCUUAGUUCUCUGCGGAUGCUUAUUGUAGCUGAUGGAGCUAAUCCAUGGUCCAUUUCUUCAUGUGAUGCUUUUCUCAAUGUCUUCCAAUCACGGGGGCUGCGGCCUGAAGUAAUUUCUCCCUGUGCCAGCUCCUCUGAGGCACUAACGGUGUCUAUGCGCAGACCGCCAGAUCUAGGAGGUUUGCCUGCAGGAAAGGCUGUCUUGUCCAUGAAUGGGCUUAGUUAUGGGGUAAUUCGACCAGACACUGAGGAAAAAUUGUCUUCCCUGACGCUGCAAGAUGUGGGUCAGGUGAUGCCUGGUGCUAGUAUCUGUGCUGUGAAAGUAGAAGGAACACCUUACUUAUGCAAGACCGAUGAGGUGGGAGAAUUGUGUGUUUCCUCCAGUUGUACGGGAACAUCAUAUUAUGGUCUACAAGGAAUCACUAAAAAUGUCUUUGAGGCUAUCCCUGUGACUGCUAGUGGAGAAACUGUGGGAGACCAACCAUUUACCAGAACUGGGCUACUUGGCUUUGUUGGACCAGAACGGCUGGUGUUUGUAGUGGGAAAAGUGGAUGGACAGAUGUCUGUGAGCGGGCGAAAACACAGCUGUGAUGAUGUGGUUGCUACAGCGCUGGCUGUUGAACCUAUGAAGUUUGUUUACAGAGGCAGGAUAGCUGUGUUCUCGGUCGGUGUGCUUCACGAUGAAAGAAUUGUGCUGGUGGCAGAGCAGCGUCCAGACUCCUCUGAAGAGGACAGUUUCCAGUGGAUGAGCAGAGUCAUACAGGCCAUUGAUAGCAUCCAUCAGGUGGGCAUUUAUUGCUUGGCACUUGUACCUGCCAACACCCUCCCCAAGGCUCCCUUGGGUGGAAUACACAUCUCUGAAACUAAGCAGCAUUUCCUAGAGGGUUCACUGCACCCCUGUAAUGUCCUCAUGUGUCCACACACUUGUGUAACUAACUUGCCCAAACCACGCCAGAAACAACCAGAUGUGGGUCCAGCAUCAAUGGUGGUCGGUAAUUUAGUAGCAGGAAAAAGGAUUGCACAGGCAUGUGGGAGAGAUGUUUCACAGCUUGAGGACAAUGAUCAGGCAAGAAAGUUUCUUUACCUGGCAGAUGUGCUGCAGUGGAGAGCACAGACUACACCUGAGCACCCACUACUUUUGCUGCUCAACGCCAAGGGUACAGUGUCCAGCUCAGCUUCCUGUUUACAACUUCACAAAAGAGCAGAACGUGUAGCAGUUGGUUUGAUGGAAAAAGCUCGUCUGAAUGUUGGGGAUCACGUGGCCUUGGUGUAUCCUCCAGGCAUUGACCUGAUUGCUACAUUUUUUGGAUGCCUUUAUGCUGGUUGCAUCCCCAUCACUGUGCGCCCACCUCAUCCGCAGAAUCUUGCCACAACCCUGCCGACAGUCAAGAUGAUUGUAGAGGUCAGUAAAUCUUCCUGUAUACUCACCACACAAUCAAUAAUGCGUUUGCUCAAAUCAAAGGAAGCUGCUGCAGCUGUGGACAUUAAGGCCUGGCCCACUAUUCUUGACACAGAGGAUAUGCCCAAGAAAAGGUUGGCACAUGUGUUCAGGCCUUCCUCCCCAGAUACCCUUGCAUAUUUGGACUUCAGUGUGUCUACCACAGGAAUAUUAGCAGGAGUGAAGAUGUCCCACUCAGCGUGCAGUGCCUUAUGUCGAUCCAUUAAGCUUCAGUGUGAGCUUUAUCCCUCUCGUCAGAUUGCCAUCUGCCUAGAUCCAUACUGUGGCUUGGGCUUUGCUCUCUGGUGUCUCUGCAGUGUGUAUUCUGGACACCAGUCCAUCCUAGUACCACCUUUGGAGCUAGAGACUAAUGCAUCGUUGUGGCUGAGCGCUGUCAGUCAACACAAAGUGCGUGUGACGUUCUGUUCAUACUCUGUAAUGGAGAUGUGCACUCGAGGUCUUGGCUGCCAGACAGGCACCCUGCGGGCUCGAGGAGUAAAUUUGUCUUGUGUACGCACUUGCAUGGUGGUAGCUGAGGAGCGGCCUCGUAUCUCUCUUUCAAAGUCCUUUUCUAAGUUAUUCAAGGACCUGGGACUUUCACCACGAGCUGUAAGCACGACAUUUGGCUGUCGUGUCAAUGUUGCGAUUUGUUUACAAGGGACUUCAGGCCCUGAUCCAACAACUGUUUAUGUUGACAUGCGAGCUCUGCGACAUGACAGGGUGCGUUUGGUGGAGAGAGGGUCCCCGCACAGCCUCCCACUCAUGGAAUCUGGCAAGAUUCUUCCUGGUGUUAAGGUAAUCAUUGCACACACAGAGACCAAAGGACCCCUCGGUGACUCUCAUCUUGGAGAAGUUUGGAUAAGCAGCCCACACAAUGCGAACGGUUACUACACAGUAUAUGGAGAGGAAGCACUGCAUGCUGAUCACUUCAAUGCAAGGCUCAGCUUUGGUGACACUCAGACAGUUUGGGCAAGAACGGGUUACCUUGGUUUUCUACGCAGAACAGAAUUGACUGAUGCUAAUGGAGAAAGACAUGAUGCUUUGUAUGUUGUGGGCUCUCUGGAUGAGACAUUGGAGUUGAGGGGAAUGAGGUACCAUCCCAUCGACAUAGAAACGUCUGUGACUCGUUCUCACAAAAACAUAGCAGAAUGUGCUGUCUUCACAUGGACUAACCUGCUGGUGGUUGUGUUGGAACUAGAUGGUCCUGAGCAAGAAGCACUGGACCUUAUUGCCCUGGUGACAAAUGCAGUCUUGGAAGAACACUACCUUAUUGUCGGAGUUGUUGUGAUUGUGGACCCUGGUGUCAUUCCUAUCAACUCACGGGGAGAGAAGCAGCGUAUGCACUUACGGGAUGGUUUCCUGGCAGAUCAGCUGGAUCCAAUUUAUGUGGCAUACAAUAUGUGAGACGGAAUGGAAUUGUCUAAUUACUUUCAUUCAGAAAGGUGCUAGAGUGCUUGUGUCUUCCUUCUGAACCAUGGACUGGAAGCACCUGAGGGCUGAGUCUUCCAACCAUCACCCAGCAACCAGGGCUGCUCUUUAGUACAUGGAAGGAGAUGACUCCUGCCAAGUAUAUAACUAAUGAACAUUUACCUCUUACUGUGACACUGGAUGUAGCAUUCCCUCCUAUCUAUGGUGGGAACAUGCCUCUCUUACUCCCUGUGUUCAGUGUUCAGUAUGUUAUUUCAGUACCUGUGUUUUCGUCUUAUAGAACCAAAACUCAUGCAAUAAUGUGAACAUUUGUAGCCUCUGAUGAGGGGCACAUUAACCUAAGCACAUAUGGCUGAAAUUAGGUUAGAUGGAUUUCCUUUGAGCCAAACUAAACUAUUCCAUUGUGUAAAUGGUGUCCCGGCCGCUGCAUCAACUUUCCUCCAUGAGCUGAAUGUAAUUAUGUACAGAACCACUGUAAUUUAUAAAGCGCAUCAGUUUUAAGGACAUUCCCACUACUUCUGGACAAAGGACCUGAUUGAUUUUAACACUAAUUUUUUUAUAGAAAAUAUAUGGAAAAAGAAAGAGUGCUCAAGAGCUUGUUAAAUUUCCUGUCUUGUUGCAAAAGAGAUAAAAAGCACAUUUAAAAAAAUGUAAAAAAUUAUUUUGGGUUGUGAUACAUUUAUUGGCUUAUAAAUACUUAGAAACCAGCAAAUAUUUAUUUAUUGUCAGAUUUAGGUUCGUAAACCAGCACAUAUUAAAAGGUUGAAUAAGGAUGUAUGACUUGUUACCUGAAAAUAAUAAUCACUAAAAGGGAGGCAUAAUUAAGUUUAAGGUAGUUGUUUAAGUCAGUCACAUAAUAUGGGCACCUUAUUGCGUUGUGUGGUAAAUAAAGUAUUUCUGUUUCAGUUCCUACCACUAA